AUGCUUACAAAUGCGUUGUACAAGACAAUCAUCAUCGACAAAAGUCAAGACAGCGCUGCGUGGCUUUUCACAGCACCAAUCAACUUUAUCUUCAACACGUUGGCGAUAGACACAGAGAGAGGCAUGAGACCGGGACUGUAUCUGGCGAGUACGCCCGCAGAAGCGCUCCCACUUGGCUGCUACUGGAAUGAGAAUGGCGAGGUGGAGUAUGUCAAUAACCAGCAUGAGGACGAGGAGUCAAGGAGGAGGUGUUAUGAGAGGCUGAUGCUUGAUGGGAAGCUGGAACAAGAUGUUUUAGCUUUAGAAGAGGAUAAGACAACGAGAUGA